AUUUCCAAGGAUAUCUAAACCCAAAUAGAAAAAUAAGUAUGCCAAAAACCAGUGCAGAGAAAAAUCAUAAAAAGCGUCAAAAAAAUAAAAAAUCGUUAACACCUGUUAGUACUUGUAUAGUAGAAGAAAAGAAAAAAGAUCCUUUAGAACAAAUAAAAGAAGAUCUUCAAAAAGCAAAAGAGGCUGGGGAUCAUAAGCUUGCUACUAAGCUGCGUCAGGAUUUAUGGGUUCUUCAAGAUCAAAUGGCUGGAGUAAGUCCUUUUUUAAAUGAAGAUGAAUUAGAAGAAUCUCUCAGAAGAAAUAGAGAACGAGAGAUGUCAUUUCAAGAAAAAACAGUUGAAAAGUCUGUUAGCAAAGCAGAUAAAGAACUUAAAAAGCUUCAAAAAAAACUUGAUAAAAUACUGAAUAUAAAAAAGAUGAAAGAAGAAGGAAAAACAUUAGAAAAAAAUCAGCUUGAAAUGAUUGAAAAAGAAGAAGAAGCUCGAAAAGAAUUGGCAGAAUAUGAGAGACUUUAUAAUGAAGUUAAAGUUAUACUUUAAUAUUUUAUCUGUCGUUAAUUUGCAACAGUAUAUUGGUAAAUUUAAACGAAAAAUGGUUGUGAGCUAUCGUUUUUUCACUGUCAUUUGUUGCAGUCGGUUUUCAUAAACACAAUUGUUGUUUAGAUGUAGUCAUAAAAACUGUAUUAAAUGCACUUGAAUUUUUUUUUUUAUAAAAUCUCUGAUUAAUAAUUCCAAUCACUAUUCAAGCAUUUGGUUCGGAAUUCAAGUACUUUCCAAACCAAAUGUUCAACCAAAAAAGUAUUCAAACAGUUCAGAAUUAGAAAGAUUUAUGAAGUGAAGAUUUGAUAAAACAGAAUAAAAAAGUAUUUCCAAGUAAA